AUGAGCGCGAUCUAUCGAAUGGUCCAAGAGACCCAAGAAUCCCUCUCCGACGAAGCCCUGCUACCCCUUAAGUCCUACAAGUACUCGGCUGUGGACAAGUCGUUCAUUUCUCGAUAUGUCUUGAAGCACUAUUGGAAUGCUUUCGUCGAGGUUGUGCCGAUGUGGAUGGCCCCCAACAUGGUAACCCUUCUUGGGUUCAUGUGGAUCGUAGCCAACAUCUUCAUUAUCGAAAUUUUCGUGGAAGAUUUGGUUGGGCCCGGCCCCGCAUGGAUAUACUUCAGUUUCGCUCUUGGCAUGUGGAUGUACUCUACUCUCGACAAUGUGGACGGUAAACAGGCACGCCGCACUGGAACUUCCAGCGGUCUCGGAGAACUUUUUGAUCACGGUAUCGACUCUCUGAACUGCACACUUGCUAGUCUACUUGAGACAGCCGCAAUGGGCUUCGGCUCGUCUGAACUUGGUGCUUGGACUGCAAUUGUUCCAUGUCUGGCUAUGUAUUUCUCGACAUGGGAGACUUUCCACACCCAUACCCUCUACCUCGGCUACUUCAACGGGCCGACUGAGGGUUUGCUCAUCGCCAUUGGAAUCAUGGUCGCUUCUGGAAUUUGGGGCCCCGGAAUAUGGUCUCAACCCAUCGUUAACUGCAUUAACAUCCCCCAGAUCUUUGGCAACAACUCUGUCAAGGACCUGUGGGUCCCCAUCCUUGUGGGCGGCUUCCUUCUUGGCCAUCUCCCCGGAUGUGUUCUGAAUGUGGCUGCGGCCCGCAAGAAGCAGGGACUGCCUUUCACCCCACUGCUUAAGGAGUGGAUCCCCAUGCUUGUCUUCACUGGCUGCAACCUGGCUUGGCUAUUCUCACCUUGGUCGACCGUUCUUUCCGGCAACCACCUCGUUCUCUUCUGCUGGGUUAUUGCGUUUGUAUUCGGUCGCAUGACUACCAUGAUCAUUCUGGCCCACCUUUUGAGACAGCCCUUCCCCUUCUGGACUGUGAUGCAAGCUCCCCUGAUCGGCGGUGCUGUCCUCGUCAACCUGCCGAUUCUUGGGUUCCCUGCUAUUGCUCCGUGGCUGGAGCUUUUGUACCUCCGUUUGUACUUUGUCUUCGCCCUGGUCAUCUACAUGCACUGGGCUGUGCUUGUCAUCAACCGCAUCACCACUUUCCUCGGCAUUAACUGUCUCACCAUCCGCAAGGACAAGUCUGCCGCCAGGGACAGAGCCUAUCGCACACUCGGUGAAUCGUCCCUCAUACAUCUCGAUGAGUCUCGCGCUUCGACUGACACCUCCAAGACCCAUUGA